CCAUGCUCGUCUCCCUCUCCCCGAUCCAGAUCCAGCGCUGCCGUCUCCCUCUUCCUCCCCGAUCCAGAUCCCUCCUCCGCCGCCCCUCCUCCCUUCUGCCACCCCUCCUGUCCCAGUCACCCCGCAGUAGUCGGUCCCAGACACCGCUGCUUCACCGGCCUCCUCCAUCUCUCAUGCGACCACAUCCUCCUUCGGCCACGAGCGACCACCCAACUCCACUCUCGACCCCCAAAGCCAAAGGCAGAGCCAGCCGCCGUCGGCCUCCGCUGUCUUCCCCAACCACGGCCUCCACUCCACCGCUGGCGCCCUCUCCCCUCUUCCGCCUCUCCGUAGAUCCUCUCGAGCAGUGUUGCCCACGGCCAGAUCCGCUCCCUCCUCGCGCCGGAAACCCUAGGCGCGGCCAUGGCGACUGACCGACCUCAGGCGGAGGACUCUGGCUCGGACAACGGUCCUCCUCCUGCUCGCACUCACACUGUUCGCCGGUGGUGCCAGCGGGCAGCAGCGGCGGCAGGCCCCGCCGGUGCCGCCGUAGAUGAGGGGCGUGGAGGCUCAGCUCACAGGGCUCACCAAGGACGUCGCCAGGACCAUCUCCGACCGCUUCAGCUUCUGCAUUUCCGACAUUUGACGGUUGUGAUCUACACAGGUAGGAGGACUGGGACGGGGCCUUCAACUACACCUCCGACCCUGGCUUCGUGCAGCGCUGCCUCGCCGAAACCAAAGGUCUGGCAGCACCGCCGCGUCGACGACGAAGGUGGUGACCGCGGCGGCGAGCGGCGUGAGUUGGUGGCUGCGGGACUUGACGGCAUGGCUCAUAUAUGUGCUUCCGACUAAUCCAGCUUCUUUUGGUCUAGCUGGGCAUUACUUUGAGUUCAUAUAUGUGCUUGUCACUCCAUAGGUUAUAGUGGUUCCCUCUGUUUCCAUAUAUGUUCUUGUAGUUUGGUUGCUUUCCUGUUCAUGCAUGUUUGUACAACUAUAUAUAGUUUUGCUGUGAAUCUGUCGUGCAUGUAUUGAAAUGCAGGAAAUGUUGAAUACAUGUUCACUCUCAGCUGGGAUAUUGAAUUGUACAUAGUUAUGUGA